CGGAGCCUCACCUACCCUGCUCUCUGCUUCCCUCUCUCCGUGUCCCUCUCCGUGCUUACAGCUUCCAUGGCCCCCAAAAAGCCAGACCCCAAGAAGGACGACAAGGCAGCCUCCAAGACAGCUCCCGCUCCGGCGCCUGCACCUGCGCCUCGGCCUGAGCCCGAGCGCCCCAAGGAACCUGAGUUUGAUGCCUCCAAAAUCAAGAUCGAGUUUACACCGGAGCAGAUUGAAGAGUUCAAGGAAGCCUUCAUGCUGUUUGACCGCACGCCCAAGUGUGAGAUGAAGAUCACGUACGGGCAGUGCGGGGACGUCCUGCGGGCGCUGGGCCAGAACCCUACACAGGCCGAGGUGCUCCGUGUCCUAGGGAGACCAAAGCAGGAAGAGCUCAACACCAAGAUGAUGGACUUCGACACCUUCCUGCCCAUGCUCCAGCACAUCUCCAAGAACAAGGACACGGGCACCUACGAGGACUUUGUGGAGGGGUUGCGGGUCUUCGACAAGGAGGGCAACGGCACGGUCAUGGGCGCCGAGCUUCGCCACGUGCUGGCCACGCUAGGUGAGAGGCUGACAGAAGAUGAGGUGGAGAAACUGAUGGCGGGGCAGGAAGACUCCAACGGCUGCAUCAACUAUGAAGCUUUUGUGAAGCACAUCAUGGCCAGCUGAACCUCUCGUCCCAGGGAGAGCCCAUGCUGGGGACAGCUCAUCCCCCACUCAUGGUGCUGACGCCAGCCACCUGGAGUUGCGGGGAGGAGGGGAGCGCAUCGAGACUCCUACAGCAGCCCCCUCCACCGGCCCUGCAGACCUCUGGGUGCCUGUCAUCUCCCCCUACAAGCUGUGCAUCUCUGUCCUCACCCUAUGGGCCUCACGAAUAAAUGGCAUCUUUCCUUCCU